AACCGUUCGGUGACCAGAAACCUCAACAAAUCGCCAUCUUUUCCAUUCCUCGCUUCCCCAUCGUUGCGAACGGCAGCGAACUCCUCGAAGCUCAGCUCUCGAACUCUAGUGAUCGAGAAGGAGAAAGAAGGGUUUGAUCUCUCUCUGAUCGUCGCCAUGGAGGUCUGGUCUCUGAAUCUUAAGGGUGGGGUUCCUGUUUUGGGAGUCGGGACGAGGAUGGAGAAGGGAUUGGCGAUGCGGCAGAGCCUUGGGUGGAGGGUCUCCUCUGCGGAUGAGACGUUAGGGUUUGGCGGGCUUCUGGAGGUUAAGUACUUUCCGGCGAGGAGGAUGGCUUCUUAUUCGUCGGGGUUUCGGAGUUUUGAGCUCAGGGCGGCUAAUAAGAAGAAUAAUCCGGAGAAUUCUUCGCCAUCUGGAAACAAUGAUCCAUCAAUCCCUGAGGGAGAUGGUUCUGAAGAAACAAAUCCAGCAAAUGAUAAAACCGAAUCUGAUGAUACUACCCAUAGACCUCAGCCCUCACUGUCAGAUUGGCGAGAUUUUAGGGCAAACCUUGUAAUUCGAGGGCAGGUACAGGUAGUAGAUUCUGAUGCUCCUGCCAAGGAUGUUACCACACAUGAGCCAACCCAGCAGCUUGGUCUGAAAUGGGCGCACCCAAUCCCAAUGCCUGAAACCGGGUGUGUUCUUGUUGCCACUGAGAAACUUGAUGGAGUUCGCAGCUUUGAGCGCAGUGUAGUUCUUCUACUCAGAUUAGGAAACAGAGACCCAAGAGAAGGACCAUUUGGAGUCAUCAUCAAUCGUCCCUACAACAAGAAGAUUAGGCAUAUGAAACAACCAAACCCUGAUCUUGCAACCACUUUUGGUGAUUGUUCCGUCCAUUUUGGAGGUCCACUAGAUGCUAACAUGUUCCUUCUGACUAGUAGGGGAAAUAGAUCUCUCCAAGGCUUUGAGCAGGUAGUUCCAGGAAUCAGCUUUGGUGCCAGGAACAACUUAGAUGAAGCUAUAGCCCUUGUGAAGAAAGGCAUUCUUAGUCCUCAGGACUUCAAAUUUUUCUCCGGGUAUGCAGGGUGGCAGUUUGAUCAGUUGAUCGAUGAAAUCGAGUCGGAAUACUGGGUUGUCGCUGCAUGCAGUUCUUAUGUGAUUGGGGGAACAUCGACAGAGUCACCAGGGUUGUGGGAGCAGAUUCUGCAGCUGAUGGGGGGCCAAUAUCUGGAGUUAAGCAGGAAGCCGAAGCAAGAUAGUUCUUGAAUAUCUGCCAUUGAAUCAAUUGUAUAGCAGGGUGGAUAGUCAUAAUUAAUACUACUUUCUUAAGGCUUAUUCUACUAAAUUCUUGUAACUAUAACCUUCUUUCUUUCUUUCUUUUUUUCUUUUUUUCUUUUUUUAAUAAAGAUCAAAACUUUAUCACCAUGGAAAUUGAUGUAAAUUUGUAAGCAGUACUAUUGUGUAUCGUUGAAGACUGUCUUCCUAUUUUA